CCCCAGAUCACGUUAGUACCGAUUCUAAAAUACGCCGCUUUUUGAUUUAGCACCCGAACUCCAAUAUAAAUUGCGUAUUUAUGCCCAAAAAUGCAAAAUAUCAUAAUCAUCGGUCAAAUUACGGUAGCACAGAGAGAAAAAGUUUUUUUGUACAGAACAUGGAACAGCAAGACAACCACAGUAUCUCAGUCGUAUGGCGGAGGGAAAAAUUUAUUGUGGACAUAAACCCAGAUGCUACUCUCAAAGAACUGGGGAAUAAAUUACAGGAGCUCACCCAUGUUAAAGCUGAUACCCUGCGGCUACUUGUUCCUGUAGAUGCAAGUUCAAAGUUGAUGUACCCUUUCUCUGAGGAGCACUCGUAUCUGAGCUUGAAAGCGACUUCAGUUCUUAAGGCCAAAUCUAUUAGGAUGAUGGGUGUGUCCACAGAGGAAGUCGAUGAAGUUCUAAAAAAUGAGAAGGCAGACCUCAGGAUAGCUGGAUUUGAUGAAGAAGAAGAGAGGUUGAAGCAAAGAAUGUCAGAUGGGCGCCAUACAUUGCUGAAACUUCCUCAAGGAAAUUAUAUUUUUUCUGAUUUUCAGACACUUAGUAUUCCAGGAAUACAGCUAAAUCCUCCUGCAUCAGAGGCCUUGAAGUUAUUGCAUAUGCUUGCUUCAGAUCCGGGAAUUGUUGCUAUUAUGAAUAAGCAUCGAUGGCGGGUGGGCAUCUUGACUGAGAUGGCACCAGUUGGUUUUGUUGGUGUGAGUCCUAAAUGUAUCCUUGGUGUCAACAAGAAUCAUGGAGAAGAAAUAUCACUGCGACUUCGAACUGAUGACCUCAAGGGUUUCAGGAAAUAUGAAAGCAUCAAGAAGACUCUUCUGCACGAACUGGCACACAUGGUGUAUUCUGAACAUGAUGCAAGAUUCUAUGCUCUAGAUAAACAGCUUAACAAGGAAGCUGCUACUCUUGAUUGGACUAAAUCAAGCAGCCAUACCUUGAGCAGAGUUAGAAAUUUGCCGCAUUAUGAAGAGGAGCUUGCCAUUAAUAAUAAUGUUAGUACAUCACAAAAGCUUGGAGGGCAGGCAUUUAUUAUUCCUGAUGCUCGCAUAUCUUCUGUGGCUGCUGCUUAUAAACGUUUAGCUAACACAUCUACAUCACUUUUGAGAUCUCCCGAGACUGUGCAGGGAAGCAUUAACGUUUCAGGGGCUGGGGAUAAUGAAGGUGAUGAAGCCAUGGAUAUUGAUUCUUUUGCAGAAAAAACUGCAAUACUGAACGAACUUGAUUCUGAUGACUCAGAAGUUCAUUUUUUGAACAAAGCUACACCUGGGCCAUUGGUUACUUCUCUGGAACAUGAUCGCGACGAUUUUGGUGUGAGAGAAAGUUACAUGAAAUUUGAAAAUUCUGAAAGAACGGAUCUAACGGACUUUGUUACACCACAAAGCAUGGAAUCACCUAGUUAUGUAAAUAAGGCUCCCAGGGAGCCUGAUCCAGAUGAUUCUCACAGGGAAGAAAUCACUCCAACACAGCCUGAUUCAAAUGAUAACAUGUUAGCUUGGGAGGGAGUUUCAAGGAGUCUAACCGAUGAGCCUGAUCCAGAUGACCUGGAACUGCAGAGAAUCCAAGACCCUGUUACAGUUAUUUGUGGCCGUCUGCAAAAUGCAAUCGAGGUUCUCAGACGUGAAGUAGAACCUUCGGGUGGCAUGAUUUCUCUGAAAACUCUGUUCAAGAUAAUAUGUAAUGUGAUUGAACAUCCAGAUGAAAUGAAAUACAGAAAAUUGCGAAAGUCUAAUGCCACGAUACAAAGGAACGUUAUUAAUUACAAAGCUGCUAUGGACAUUCUUGCAAUGAUUGGGUUCUGUGAACAUGUAGAGGUUGAUGAAUUUGGGAAGGCGGAAACGUUUCUAGUCUUAAAGCGAAAUGAUCCAGGCUUGUUGUGGCUUGCCAAAUCGUCCCUCGAGGCUUGCAUUGCGUAGUAUCACCCGCAUUUGAUGAAUCCAUGUAGAAUUGGAAAAAGGAAAAAUAAUAUAUAUUUGUGUACAAAACAUGCAAAUAAAUUUCUUAGUGGUGGCUCGUUAUUGAAUUAUUUCCUAUUUUUCUGUAACUAUUGAAGUGAUUUGUACCUUUGGAUGAAAUGAAUACAUUUUGAGCUGAAAACAAUUUGACCAGUUCUCAUUCGUGUU